GUGUUCUUAGCACAAGGCUGACACACUGCUCUGUCAGUCUUGUGAACACGGCCCUCCUCUCCCUUCUCUCUGCAGCCUGGAGCAAAGACCUGAAUAAUAUCUCUGAAUCAUCUGCAGCUCUAAUACAUUUUCUGUGGAUUUUAUGGUUUUUAAGUGUUGAAAACCCAUCGAUUGUUUCAGUUUUUGGUGGGAAAAAAACAGGGUAGCGACAUUCUUCCAGUGUGGUUUUAUAGCUUAGAGGAGCUGUGUCAGUCUUCCAAGAUGGCACCUGUGAAAGGCUGGGUAGUGGGGCUCCUGCUGGUGCUUCUAUGCCCAUCCCAGGUACCGCUUUCUGGGGCAGUUAGUGCCCAGGACGUGGCUGAAGCAGAGGCAGACCUCCAUGCCAGAAACGAUGAGGAGGUCGUGGCAGAAGAGGGCAAAACUACUGAGGAUGAAGAUGCCGCUGGCGAGGAAGAGGAACAGGUAGCAGAAGAGGAGGGUGAAGAAGAAUCAGAUGAGGAGGAUGAGACUGAUGAACAUGAGGUGGAGGAGGAAGGUGGGGAGGAAGAGGAGGAGGAAGAAGCUGUGGAGGAGGAGGAGGCUGCUGAGGAGGAUGAAGAAGAAGAGGAGGCUGAGGAAGAUGGAGAGGAAGAGGCUGAUGAGGAGGAGGAGGAAGAAGAGGAAGAGGAGGAUGAUGCCGAAGAAGAGGAAGCUGAUGAGGCAGAAGCAGAGGAAGAUGAGGAGGAGGAGGAGGAAGACGACGAGGAUGCUGAUGAGGAUGCGGAGGCCGCAGCUGAAAGCGAGGAGGAAGAGGAAGAGGAGGUAGCUGCAGGAGAGGCAGCUGAUGAAGCUGAGGAAGAGGAGGAUGAGGAUGAUAAUGCUGAGGAUGACUCUGAGGAAGAGGAUGCAGCUGGAUCAGAGGAAGAUGACGAUGAGCAUGAAUCUGACGACACAAGUGAAGAGGAGGCCGACACUGACGGUCUGCAAUUCCGCUCUGGCUCUUUGUGUAGUGUUUGCUCCAUCUGUGAGCACUGCUCUAAUAACUGUGACAAUUGCCCAUGUGAGGAGGGAGACGAGUCAGAUCACUGUCAGCAUUGCCAAGGUUGCUCAUCCUGCUACAUUUGCCCCAUACUCUGUGACACAAUUUGCACACCAGGUGGCCUAGUUGAUGAGCUAACUGGGUCCCUCUUUCAGACCGUCGCCUCACUACUCUGAGCACCUCGGCGACGUUGCCCUUUGACGCCGUCCUGUGGUCACGUGAGGUACCGCUGCGCUCAGGCUCAGGACUGGAGCUGUCCUGCUGCAGGUACCUCACCAGCUACAGUUCAUGGGGUCUCCCACAAGAGCAUGUCACGAAUCUGACAGCUGACAGAAAAACAAAGAUCUAUUUAUGUGUUAACUCAUAUUUAGACUUUUGAAUUACCCUUGUACUAACAGCUGAAAUAGUCAGUUCAUAGAAUUUAUUUUCUUUUCCUUUAUUUAAUGACGUGAAUAUUGUAUAUUUUCAAUGCAAAAUGGCUGAUAAUAUAUUGCUAAGGCUAUGAUUUGUUUUUUUUUGUAGGAGCAUCAUUGUAAAACAGUUUUAACUAAGUAAAACUGUUAAUGGGCCUGUCUUUGUGGCAGGCCUUGGUAUCAAUGCAGCAGAGAGACGGAAAUGAAUUCUAUUGCCACUCAUGUAACAUGUGAAUAUAAAAUUUCUCAGAAUAAGUCCUUUGAGUUUACAACAUGUUACGUUACAAUUUUACACGUUUUUGCUGUGCACUUGUACCGAUUCUCACCAGACAAUAAAUUUCUCCUUAUCUAUGAAA